AUGUCCAUGCCGUCUUCUCUCACUGCUUUGGCAGUGCUCGCGGGCACUGUGGCAGCCAGCCUUCCGGAGGCGUUCUGCACGUCCGAGGACGGCCAGUACAAGCUGUCGGCGCUGACGGUGCCGGUGCUGAACGACACGAGCGAGCAGUUUGGCGCCGACUCGACCUGGUCGCUCUCGGUGGACGACACCAGCUCAGGCUACAAGCAGCGCAUCACGGGGUUCGGUGCAGCCGUCACAGACGCCACGGUGGCCGUGUUUGGCGCGUUGAACGACAGCAUGCUGGACACGCUACUGUCAGAGCUGCUGACGACGCGGGCCAGCGACGCAGCCGUGGGUUUCCGUCUAUUCCGCCACACGAUCGCGUCAUCGGAUUUGUCGGCCGACCCGGCCUACACGUACGAUGACAACGACAAUCGGUCGGAUGCGCAGCUGUCGGGCUUCCAUCUGGGCGACCGCGGCACGGCCAUGGCGCAGCUGCUGGCGCGGAUGCAGGCGCGGCAGUCAGACAUCGAGCUGCUGGGAUCGCCGUGGGCACCGCCGGCCUGGACGCAGACGGACGGACAGCUGAUCGGCGGCUCCGGCAGCACAGACGACAACCGGCUGGACAUGAACAGCACGAGCGUGCGGCACGGCUGGGCGCAGUACUUUGUUCGCUACCUGCAGGCGUACAAAGCAGCUGGCGUGCGGGUGGGCGCGCUGACGAUCCAGAACGAGCCGCUCAACAGCCGCGCUGGUAUGCCGACGCUGUACGUCCCGGCCGACGAUGCCGGCGUGCUGAUCCGCGACCAUCUGGGCCCGGCCCUGCAGGCGGCCGGGCUCGGCAACACCGAGAUCUGGGCCUACGACCACAACACGGACGAGCCGGCCUACCCCGAGACCGUGCUGGCAGCCGUGGCCAACACGACCGUCGAGGCCAUGGUGACCGCCGUGGCCUGGCACUGCUAUGCCAGCCAGCUCGACUGGACCGUGCUGUCGACCUUUCACGAAGCUCAUCCGGAUGCGCGCCAGUACAUGACCGAGUGCUACACGCCCACGACUGGCGCCUGGAGCUGGCCCGUCGACUUCACCAUGGGGCCGCUGCAGAACUGGGCCGCAGGCGUGGUCGCCUGGACCUUGGCGGCCGACCAGAAGGACGGGCCGCAUCUUAACAGCAGCGCCGCCUGCUCGACGUGCGCCGGCCUCGUCACCGUCGACACUGACACCGGCAGCUACGAGCUGCAGCCAGCCUACUACCUGAUGGGCCAGUUCAGCCGCUUCAUGCCGGCCGGUGCCGUCGUGCUGACCGGCACCGGCAGCUACACGUACGGCAGCGGGGCUGGCAUCGAGAGCGUGGCCUCACUCAAUCCGGACGGCAGCCGAACAGUCGUGAUCAAGAACACAUUUGGCAACAGCAUCGCGGUGACGGUGGCGAUGGCGAGCAGCGGCAACGAGUGGACAGGGUUGGUGCCGGCAAACAGCGUGGUGACGUGGGUGUUGUCAGGAUAG